AUGGCUGCGCCGCGGUGUUCAGACAAAGCAACCUCGAGGUUGUGCCGUGAGUCCGAAACACUGGGGGUGAGAGAGGCGGCCGGGGUGGGUGUCUCCCCGCUCGCGGAACGCUUUGCUAAGCAGAGGUUGGAGGAGCCUCUCGCUUACUUCCGAGAAACGUCUUCAGCUGUGAUGGGAGUUACCCCAGUUCGCUCGACUGGAGUCGGACACGGGAGUUCGCACUUGUUUCUCGCUGCCCACCCCGGGCUGCAGGCAGUGGACCCCUCUAGUUCACGGAAGUCGCCUCAAGGGCGAGUUGCGUCGAUGCCAACACUGUGUGCAGGAUUGCCAUCCACGGUUGUUCUUGGACCUGCUGCACCUGGUGGCCAACUGUUACGGGGCUCUUCGCUUGUUUUGCCGCCCGUCACUUGGAGUCCUGCGAGUCCCAGGACGCGCGCGGCGGACUUUCCCGGGAAAAUGCACUCGGCGCCGUCUACCCCGUCCCGUUCUUCCACGUUUGAGUCGACGUUCGGGGGUCCGCACCUGCGGCCUGAAAAAAAGUCUGCGGAACCGACAGAAAGCUUCCGGCUCCCGGUCGCGAAGUCCGUCGAGGCGCUGCCGCGAGCAGCGGAACUCGAGUCGAGACCCGCCACGCCUCUGCUCACUCGAACUGCGUCGCUGCCUCUGCCGAGUUCGGACAAGACGCGGAAAAGGCUGAUUCCCGGGUUCACUGCGCCAAUGCAAUGCGGCAGUACGCUCUGGUGUACGUACUGCGGCGACCGGCUGCGGACGCACAAGCACUUGAUUCAAGUGUGGCCAGAAUUCAUCAUGUGCACGCUGUGCGCGGCGAGUCCGUCGUGCAGUACGUGUCACCGGAAAGCGUUCGACGCAGUGGUUGAACUCAGAACCAGUAAAAAGUCUUUUUUGUGUCCAAAGCGUGCCGACGAAGGCGGCCUGAAUCUCUGUGGGCACUGCGCGGUGCUCAGUCCAGUGCGCUCACGCAAGCGGCUGGCGCAGACCACGGCGACCGCCGUCGCUUGGCUCCAGUCUCACGGGUUGCACUUCACGGACGACCUUCUGAAGUACCAGCGAACUGAAGACGUGGAGCAGCUGCUGCAGCGCCUCGACACCGACGAACUGCUCUACGACCAUCUGCAAAGCCCAGCGGGUUCUGCGCGGAAAUCCCGUAGCGCCGACAGGAACCGCGUGUUCAUCCGCUCUCACGAAAGUAUACCCGACACACUCUGUAUCGAGCAAGGUCGCCAGUCUGCGGAAAGCCUUGCCGGUGACCAAGCUGAGACCAUGCCUCUCGAGAGGCAGCGUUCCCUCACCAUUCCCGUCGAAUCCGUCACGUUCGCCUCCCUAAACCCAACGCCGGGAACGAACAUCUACGGACGGUGUGAAACGGAGAAAACGACGGUGAAAUCGCCCGUCAACGGCCGCUGUUCGUCGGUGCCGGCUCGGCUGGUCCGGCGGGUCGGCGUGGUUCGCGGCCUUCCGCAGACUUUCUUCUUGAGUCACCUGACUCACGAGCUUCUCCACGCGUACUUGUGGUGUCGCCAGCCUGGCGAAGGCAGUCUCCGACUCGACGUCGAAGAGGGCAUGUGCAACUGGGUGUCUGCGGAAAUCUUCAAGGACCGCCUCGCGGCCAUCGACGCCCGAGAGGCAGACAUGUUGGCGGGGGAAGUCGCCCCCGCGUCUGACGCGCCGACGCCUCUGGACAGUCCUGUCUUUGCAGAAGUUGAUCGCGCCUCCCCGGCGGCCCUCGAGAUCGAGCGCCUCUUCCUCCAGUUCGAACGGCGAGUCAUCAACUCGCGGCUACGCGACAUGGAGACCGACGCCCACGCUUGUUACGGGGACGGCUACAGAGCGAUGCGAGAAGUGAUCGCAGCUAUCGGCCUCCCAAAAACAGUUGAACUUACGAGACUCUACGGAGACAAUCUCGGCAACUUCGUCGAAGCCGCGCGGAAAGCAAAGGAAGCGGAAAGGACGCGAAGGCGCGCCGUCGCAAGAGAGGCUGUCUAG